AUGUCCGAGAGCCAAGGCCACUCGCCCAGGAACUUCUACAAUGUCCCACCACUCUCUGCCAUUGUACAUGGGUCUAAGCUCAUAAGCUUUGAAGAUGGAUUUUUUUUACCCAGCAGCUGCCAUGGCAGGACCUGGCUCCUGGACGACUUUCAAGAAACCUGCAGUGAAACUACCAGCUGCAAAGUGCCCAACUGUAAACAGGAACUGGGCACAGAGCAGAGCUGCAUGCAAAGUGCUUGCCUCCCCAGAGUUUUCCAAACAACUCGCUCUAAUUCCAGGCCCCGUGAAAAGACAAUAUGCCAAUCAGGACGUUCCUCAGCAAUGUUGGCGUGUGUUUCUCAGCCUUGCCAGUCAGGAAGCAGCCAGAAAGUUAUAGUCCAGAACUGCCAGCCUGUGAGCCACGUGGCAAAGAGUUGUCCACCCAAGACUUAUGUGUCUAAGAGUUGUCAGACUCUGGAAUGUGACCCUGGCCAAUGUCAAUCUCAGAGCCCUGAAUCCGGUUCCUGUAGGCCUCCGGUCUACGUCGCACCAGGGCCACAACUCCUGGAAUCUUCUUCUAACACUUAUGAGCCAACCUGCUGUGUUACUGGUGGUUUGCAACUGCCUAGUAAGUGA